AUGGGCAAUGGGUCUUUGGAUAAGCACAUCUUUACACGAGGACAAGGGACUUCUCUUGAUUGCAAAGAAGUGUACGAGAUUGCUCUUGGAGUGGCUAGAGGGAUUGAGUAUCUUCAUCGAGGUUGCGACAUGCAAAUUCUACACUUUGAUAUUAAACAUCACAACAUUCUUCUUGAUAGGGAUUUCACCCCAAAAAUUUCCGACUUUGGGCUCGCGAGAUUGUAUCCCACGGACUACAACACCGUGUCUCUAACUGCUGCGAGAGGAACCUUGAGAUACAUGGCUCCGGAGUUAGUCUACAGGAACCUCAGGGGCAUCUCUUACAAAGCUGAUGUCCACAAUGUUAGGAAAUUGUCGAUGGAAAUGGCCAGUAGAAGGAAGAAUCUAGAUGCAUAG